CGUGAUGCGCGCCCUCCCUCUCCGGAGGCUCCCGAGGAGCCCGGCGCGCGUGACGACUCUCUGUUAAACAGCCUGGAGUCGCUCACCUCUGCGCACUCUUUCCUCCACCGUUCCCUCACACUCGCUCUCUUUCUCGCUCGCUCUCUGCCACACACACACACAGAGGCGCACACGCAGAGCCCAGCACUGCAUAAAUCCACUGUCUUUCUUUGCAGGCGAUAUUACAGCGCCAUGCGCAUGUCUCCCCCACAGCUGGGCACGAGAUAAAAGCAGCGGCGGCGUCGGCGGAAGCGGCAGCAGCAGCAGCAGAGGCACUUUCUCCCGCUCGCUCCUCGAGGUGCUGGUGGGUCUCCUUCCUCCCGAGGCAACGGGGAAGAUCUGGAACCGAGCGCAGGACGAGGGCGGCGAGCUCCAGAGGACGGCGGGGCGGUCGGGAUUCGAUUCUCCGCUCGUCAUUCGCAGGCGAGCCUCUCGAUCGGGCCCUGCGGGUGGAGAACGCCACCGACGCGACCGCUGCGCCGAGACCUGCCGCCGGGGGAAACUCGACUCUUUCCGAAGCGAUUCUGCCUUCGGGACACUGUAGUGCCAGAAAGGCCGAGCGACUGACGGACAAAAAAAAUCACUCUUCCGUAGCAGGGUCCUCUGAACCAACGCUUCUGGACUUCCGCCAAGUACCACAAUGACUGAGGGUCGAAGGGAAGCCCUGGCAGCGCCGCUACUGCCCACUGGUUCCCCCUCGGCUGCAUCCAAUAUCACAGAGAUGGCUGGGCCAGCCACUGGACCAGCUGCUGGCGGGGGUGGCCCCAAGGAUGAGGCCUUCUCCAAGCUGAAGGACAAGUUUAUGAAUGAGCUGAAAAAGAUUCCACUGCCAUCAUGGGCUGUGAUAGCCAUCGCCUUUGUGGCCAUCCUACUUAUCCUCACCUGCUGUUUCUGCCUCUGCAAAAAGUGCGUCUUCAAGAAGAAAAACAAGAAGAAGGGCAAGGAGAAGGGCGGCAAGAACGCCAUCAACAUGAAGGACGUCAUAGAAGGGACCAAAAUGGAGGCCAUGAAGGAUGAGGAUGAUGCAGAAACAGGGCUGACGGAUGGGGAGAAAGAGGCGGAGCCCAAGGAAAAGGAGAAACUGGGCAAAUUGCAGUACUCCCUGGAUUACAAUUUUACAGAGAACCAGCUCAUUGUGGGCAUCAUCCAGGCAGCAGAGCUUCCUGCUAUGGACAUGGGUGGCACCUCAGACCCAUACGUCAAGGUGUAUCUGCUGCCGGAUAAAAAGAAGAAGUUUGAAACCAAAGUUCACAGGAAAACGCUAAACCCCAUCUUUAAUGAACAGUUCAUAUUCAAGGUGCCGUACACAGAGCUUGGGGGCAAGACACUGGUGAUGACCGUCUAUGACUUUGACCGCUUCUCCAAGCACGAUGCCAUCGGAGAUGUGAAGGUGCUCAUGAACAAGGUGGACUUCAGCCAUGUGACAGAGGAGUGGAAGGACCUGCAGAGCGCUGAAAAGGAAGAGCAAGAGAAGCUGGGUGACAUCUGCUUCUCCCUGCGCUACGUGCCCACUGCCGGCAAGUUGACCGUCGUCAUUCUGGAGGCCAAGAACCUGAAGAAGAUGGACGUGGGUGGCUUAUCAGAUCCCUACGUUAAAAUCCAUCUGAUGCAGAACGGGAAGAGGAUGAAGAAAAAGAAGACGACAAUCAAGAAGAACACCCUCAACCCGUAUUACAACGAGUCCUUCAGUUUCGAAGUUCCGUUCGAGCAAAUCCAGAAAACGCAAGUGGUCGUGACCGUUCUGGACUAUGACAAGAUCGGCAAGAACGACGCCAUUGGCAAGGUGUUCGUAGGCCUCAACAGCACAGGCACUGAGCUGCGGCACUGGUCGGACAUGCUGGCCAACCCGCGGAGACCCAUCGCCCAAUGGCACGUCCUCAAACCGGAGGAGGAGGUGGACGCCUUGCUCAGCACCAAGAAAUAGGGGAAGCCGUUCAGCACCCGCACGUGUGUGUUGUGCCAUAGCCAGUAUGUGUAAAUACCUCAGUAAAGUAAGGAUCCAGCCGACCCCCGAGCACUGCAGAUACCCCCUCUGAUACGAAACAGCGGUGCAACGUCCCACACGUCCGCAGCCCUGUCCGCCCAUUGACUUGUGUUAAGUGUACGGUCCUUUUUACACCCUUCCCGUGUGUCCAUCUGCAUAUCCUAAUUCCUUAAAGUCACCGUGCCCCCCCCCCCCCCUCCUUUUAAGCAAUAUAAUCUGUAUAGAUAGCGCAUGACUGAAAUUUAUUGUACCACACAAGUUUGUAUAUAUCAGUAUGCAGACAAAUUAUUUAAAGUUUACGUGUUUGUAUCUUGUUUCCUAUCUGCGUAUAUCUCGAUGUUUUUAUUAAAAUGUUCUAUUUUAAAUUAUGUAAAUGGAGAUAUAGGUAAACUGAUGUCAUUUAUUACAGGAUUCAAAAUCUUACUGCAUUCCAGAGGGGGGGGAUCUUCUAGACGCUAGUAGAGGUGUACUCACAUUGCGGAGGACAGUGUUGAGAUGGUUUCUUUACUUUUAGAGACGUUAAUGAAACAAAAGACACAAAGGCCAUUAGCUAAUAAGAUUCCACUGAGAAUAUUAUUAUGCUGCUGAAACAUGUAUAAGCACAUUGAUUCUUGUCUUUUAUAGUCAUUUUUCAACUGAUGAUGUUUUGCUUUUGCUAAUGUCAUUUUCCAAAAAUGUCUUAAUUGAUGCAAACCAGUUCGCCUUUUGUUACCAUCGAGGUAAGACUUUCCUUGUGCCAUGGAAACUAGCUGACUUGGGGGACAAAAGCCCUCCCUCAAAUUGACUCAUACUCUUGGGAUGUUUUAUCUAUAUUACUUAUUUACAGAACUGGACCUUUUUGACACAUCUCACGUAACCCUCGAACCCCUGUAAAAAGAGUUCACUAUGAUUUAGACCAAAGCUCAAAACAGAGGCUCCUUUGAGCACACAUUACCGAUACACCGUUAACUGUUUAUUUCCAGUGUUCAGUCUAGCAUUCCUGGCCUCACAUUUGGGGAAAAAAAUCAUAAACCGUAGUUUUAGCCUCAGUAUUUUAUAGUAAUGUUACUUUUGUUCAUAUUCGUUAUUUAAAUUUAUAGUUGGGAUUUGGGGAGUUUUGCCAACACCUGGGGGGGGGGGGGGUCACCUGUUGGGGUUGAUUCCCUUUGCCUUUGCUCAGUUGAAAUGUUGUAAGGAGCAGAUGCCGUAUUUACUGUAGUUUAUGCAGAAAGCGACUGAUGCAAGUUGAAACACUGCCAUUUUUUUCAGGGAGGUAAUUCCUCAAGGACACUACAAGGUAACGGGUACUGUUUCGUCUUUACUGGUGAACGUGUCUCAAACCGUUGCGGUGCCCGGGACAGCAGGCAUCGCUUGAGCCGCGUCCCUGCAGCGAGCGCAGAGCUAGCCGCGUUUUAGUGCCCUUUCACUUCUCUCCCGCACCUUGCGUUUUCAUGCUGGAGCUGUUGCGCUGCUUUCCGACGGCUCACGUGCGAUUUGCUACGGACUCGCCGAGGACGUGCGAUGCUUUGUUCCGACGACACACACAGCCGGCAAAAUACUUUAACGGCAGUAGUUUCCUGCGUCCAGCAGCUCGCCCGUUCUUACUGCUGCUUUGGUAUGUAGCUUAAAUGGUAAAUGAAAGUGUAAAAUAUUGAUGUGCAGCGAUGGUGAUGUCAGACCACGUGUCCUUUUGCUAUGGAAAAAGCGCAGGAGUCCAUCAGGGCCCUUUCUCCUCAGUGUGGACCAGAUAUUAGCUUCAGGAGGAGUCUCUCCCUGUUCUCUCAACGUCCAGAUGUAGUUAGUAGCUCUAGUAUGAAGCUCUUUAUCAUUCCAUUUGAUUCUGUGUGUAUCCCUGUGACCGCCGUGUGUGCUUCGAGGUGUGCCGUCGCCUGUAGAUAGCAGCCCGUGUGUUCCGUAGUGGUGUUUGUACGACGACCAGGCCUUCCUUUGUACCGCGCCGCCGCACGCAAAAUGAAACGAAAGACAAACUCUUGUCCUUUUCGUCGCGGUCGAAGCGAAGCGUGCUGAGCACUGUGCAAUAGCGUCUCUUGCGGGUGCCGUCCGACCCGAGGAAGACCGUUCCUGUCCUAUUAGACACAUUCCUUCCCAGGCAAGGGUUAGACCACAGCACAUGUAGAUGGAGUGUAGGCUGGAGCGCUGUAGGUUGUAUCACUGCCGCCCUCGACUGCAGUCGGGAUUCCUCGUUUCGUCUCCUUCCCUUCGUCUUUUAUUCUGCGCACACGUCCCGUGUGAGAAUAGCAGAAAAUUCAUUGGCAAAUACCAAAUCGUAAUACAAAAAAAGUGUAAAUAUUUUUGUAUUGCUCAGAUUAUUGUACUUAUAGCAGAGAUUAUAAUAGAAAUUAUUUGGAAACAAAUUUUAUGUCUUAAUUGCUUUUGAGAUGUUUUAAAGUUGCUAUGUGUAAUGUUACCACUUUUUUUGAGCCCUACUGUAAAACUUUAAAGUGUGCUCUUGAGUAUUUUGGAAUGUAUGUUUGUUUCUAUACUGGCACUUAAUUGUUGCAAUAAAUUUGUGUGUACCUUUUUUUUAGAAUACCCAUUCCUUUAAAUUAUAUUUUAAAUAUGACUCAGUGGUCAUAAAGGGCACAAAAGGCAGAAUUUGACAAAGUUAAUCCUCUACUGCUAGGGAUUCUCAUAUUAUACAGUAGUUAUAUAGCUGUUGCACUACUGUCCAUUCCUUAGUAUAUUCCAGAACUGUGGAAAUGCUUAUUUUAAACACACAGGGAGAGACACUAGUUUUAGAGCCAUGCAAUAGUUUUCAAAUAGAAAA